AUGUCCAUGGUAAACAAAGAUGCUGUUAUGAAAGGUGGCUUGAAGCUGAAGAAAGGCGAUAUCUUCAAGAAGAAGAAGAAGACUAUCGAUCUUAAGACUGUUGAUUUGACUAUUCAGAAGGAUGAUAAUGCCAAAUCAAUCAAGAAAACAAAGGCUGAACUUGCUUUUGAGAAACGUCAGGAAGCUAAUAUGUUCGAACGUAUGCAGAAGAAGGCUGCUGUAAGUCAUCGUGAGAAGGUGGAACAGUUCAAUAAACAAAUGAGUGAAUUGACUGAAUUCAACGACAUCCCUAAAGUUUCCUGGACCAAGUAA